CUGCGGAUCGAUAGUGUAUGCACUAUAUUGCAUACAUAUAGAUACACGAUAUUAUAAGGCACGUCCAGGCUGCUCCUGCAGAUAUUAUAGUGAUAAUAAUAAUAAAUUGAUUUUCAAACGUAGAAACAAUGGAUUUCAACGUUAAAAAAUUGGUUAAAGACGCUGGAACCGCGCUCAGCAGAGUUGUGCAGCUCACCGAGGAGAAGCUCGGAACAUCUGAGAAAACCGAGCUGGAUGCUCACUUUGAAUUCCUCGCUGACAGAGCAGAUGCGACCAAAACUUGGACUGAGAAAAUCCUCAAGAAUACAGAGGCAAUGCUCACACCAAAUCCAGGCAACAGAAUCGAGGAUUUCUUCUUUGAAAAAAUCGACAAAAAAAAGCCAAACCGACUCAGCAACUUGGAAUACGUUGGCAUUGACAUGAUCGAAGCUGGGAAUGACUUUGGUCCUGGAACUGCUUACGGUGGGGCACUGAUCAAAGUUGGGCAAUGUCAACAGAAAUUGGGGCAGAUAGAGAGAGAUUUCAUUGGCACAGCGGCAAACUGCUAUGUUCAACCGUUGAGGAAGUUUUUGGAUGGAGACAUGAAGACUAUCAGCAAAGAGCGAACAAUUCUAGAAACCAAACGGCUUGAUUUGGAUGCUUCCAAAAAUAGAGUUCGAAAAGCGAGGAGCAUGCUGGGUCAACAGAGCGAAUCUGGCGUUUCUCCUGAAGUUUUACUCGAUCAGGCAGAAAGGGAGCUAAGAGUAGCGCAGUCCGAAUUCGAUCGGCAAUCCGAGAUUACGAAGUUCUUGUUGGAAGGAGUAUCCAGUUCGCAGGCGGGCCACCUUCGCUGUUUACAUGAGUUCGUUGAGGCGCAAGCUCGCCAUUAUGCUCAGUGUCACGCAGCGAUGCAAGACUUGCAGCGAGAGCUGGCUGGCAUGUCCGGAGCAACCUUCCACCCGUCCACCCCACCGACUCCUUCCGCACCGGCGGAGAACGGCCAGGAACGAGCUCGAGUGAUCUGUGACUACGAUGCAAGGGAUCCGAGUGAAUUGAGCCUGAUGCAAGAUGAGGUGAUUUGUGUAUCUAAGAUUCCUGGGGAUGGAGAUUAUCUGAUGGGAGUUAGAGGCAAUCAGCGAGGCAAAGUACCCAAGGCUUUUCUGGAACCAAUUGUAGCUUCCUAAUAAGUAAUUCCGUUUGUUUAUAGCUUGAACUGUUGCAACAGUUUGAAAAUCGAUGAAAAACAAAACAUAAGGUUGUCAGGAUUAUUAACCACUUCUUUUUUAAUCCAAAAAAAUUUACAAUGUCAUUGUAAAAUCUUGAAGAGGCAAUCAGGUACUAUUUGACGUAUUAUAUUAUAAUGGGGAAUUCUAAGUGGUUUUACCAAGCGUCGGACUUUAAAAAUUCCCCAUUUCGUUGUAACUUCACUAUAUAGUAAUAUUCUUUUAUAUAAUAUUAUUGCACCAGAUUUUCCGUAAUAUUCUCAAAAGUUUCAAAAAAAAAACUUAAAAAAUAUCUCGCUAAAAUGAAUAAUAUUUUACUAGCAACGAAGGAAUCACCCUUCACAGGGUUUUAAAAUCCUUAUAAUUUUCUACAAUUUUCUAAAUUUCUUUCAGAUUUUCUAACGUGGCUUUAACAUUCGAAGUUUAACGGAUUCUAACUUCGGAGCGGUAGAGAUAUCAAGAAACUAAACAACACAGGUGAUUGUCUUUCAGAUAACUACAAGAUAUUGAGAUUACAAUAAAAUUGGGAAUGGUGACUGUCCGAUGUUUGGUUCAACUGCAAAUGUAUGUUUUGAAAUUGCAAUUGUUGUAUAAUAUUCAGACAAAUAGUUUUAAGCAUUUUGCAUAGUGCCUAUGUGGCUAAUGAGCGACAAUGUGUAUUGUACCAAUUAGUAGAGAAUUCGAUAGAUGUAGGGGAUUUGUGGUUCUGAAUUUUUUUCAAAUCCAAAACAAAUCGUAUUGCAACUUAUUGCUACAUUCUAUUUUGUUUAUUUGGUUUAGUACCGACAUAUUGAUAGAUCAACUAUUUAUUAACUAAUAUAUUAUGUUGUUUAUUAUUUUUAACAUAUUGAGCUUGUCUAUUCGGUUUAAACGAGCGGUAUGUAUAAUGAAAAUUUAACGUAAAAUAUUGAUAAUUAACAUAUUUUGAAAGUCGGUUGUGGUCAGAUAAUUUUUAAUCAAGACAAGCAACGGACUUAGCUAACUGUUUCAAUCGAACAGUCAAACUAAUAAGGAGUGCUGUUACUUGUUUGAUUUUUUUUUUCAUGGUCGUUGUAAAAACAUUAUUCCUUGAAAAUUUGCAGAAAUAAGAGAAUAUUCUAACGGUUUCAAAGAGAUUUUCAGUAAAUUCACCUGUUUUCUGAAUGUUUCAACAUAUGAGAAUAAAUCUUGAAAUAUCAAAACAUCAUGGGUAUUAGUGAAUAACUAGAACAGGGUUGAUCCCUGACAUGUACAUAAAUUAAAACAAAUUAUUCCAAUAAUCUUAAUUCUUCAAUAAUCAGUAUAUUCCAAGAGCGGUGCGUCGUUAUUACACACUGUUUGUCAGAUAUUUGGAGUGAAUAAUAUUGAAGAAUACACCCAAUUUUUAGAAAAUGCGCUUAUAAUAUGUACAAUAAAUUUAGAUAUAGUGAUCCACAUUUCUGCAAUAACUUCGUCAAUACAAUAAAUUAUAUUAUAUUAUAAUGUUAAAUCGAUUUCUCAUUACUUAAUUGUAAUAAGGUGAUAACUAAGUAACCAUGUUAAAAUUAUUAUCCUGUUAAAGUUUAAGUAUAAAUCUACAAUAUAAUGAUGCAAUUAUUAUGUAUAUGGUUACUAUAUUAAAUAUACACAUUUGCUGAUGUUGGGAAGUUCAAUACCAAGUUUGUGAGUUGACUUGAAAUAGUUACAAAUCGCUCCGACAAGAUCAAAAAACUUCUCUGAAAUCUUUUAGGUAUAUACUAUUUUACCGGAAAGUUCUGAGAAAGAUUCCCUAUUAGUUCUGGCAAACUUUGAAUUCUUUUGAUAAAUUCGGAGGAUUAUCAAAAAAUUCUAAGAAUUCUAAAAAUCCAUAAUACGAGUUUUCCUCUUUCUCCCAUUUAUGAUCAAUGAAUCGAGUUAGAGGUAACAAUUGCACCAAUUUCUUGAGAGAACUGAUAUUUUUCUGAACUUCAUUCCAUAUCUGAAAACUGAGAAAAUCUGAGUUUUCGUAUUUUUGCGUAUUUUCCGACAGUACCACGUUA